GCUUCUUCUCUAUCAAUGGAAAUGCAAAUGCCUGUUUAGUUCGAAUAAAGUUCCUAAGUUCAAUCAAAGCGCAGUUUUCUAGAAUCAAGCGAUAAGUUAAGUGCCACGGAAUCAAUUCGCAAUUAAAGGCAAAACUGAAUGCUGAAUAAAACAUAAGUCCAAAAACAUGGCUUGGAGAUCAAUCAUUUGGAUAUCCUUUGUAGUUCUUGUGUGGACGAAUUUUGGCACCCCAGCAUUUGGAGAAGACAAUGCUUUCACAGUGCUUUUCGGCAGCGAGGCAACUUUGCAGAAUUUACAGCACGAAGUUGAAAAUAUCAAACAAGGGUUGGCACAAAGUCGUCAAAGGCUUAACAGCAUUAUAGAAACGCAAAGAAAUUUGCUUGCAAAGGUUGUUAACAUGGAAAUCGAGAUAAGGAAGCAUAAUGAGUAUGUAUCAACAAGUAUUAAAAAAUUAUUAUAUUCCGAGCAAAUAAGGUCAGAUGGAAUACAACGUCAAGCGCACAACAAGCAGGAACAAGAGAUCGCAGCUAAUUCUCAGCGAAGAUGGUUGCAGGAAGAAAUCAAUAAAUUCGGAACUAAAUUCCUUGCGACAAUGCAAAAAGAACUCGAUAGUCAACGUCAAUCUCUUGAACAGAAAUUACAAGAAAAACUUGAGGUCCAGACUGAGAAAACGAAGGAGAUGUUCAUACACACAGCCAAUAAUUUAACAGACAUAGUCAACAACUUGAUCAAAUCACAAAACUCAGAGAUACUAAUCGAACCGAGGAAAUCUGCCCCAAAUACACAACCGACGCCAAAGGACAUCAAUUUAAACGACAAGCCGCAAGAUACUUGGCCGUCAUAUAAAACCUUUCUGCAAGAAACAAAUGUGCGAUUCAGAAGGAAUGCUUCCACCGGUUUAUGUGAUGAUGAGUUCAGUACCGUAAUUAAUGCUUGGAAAAUAUUUGAAAACAAUUUGUCUAGAUCAAUAUACUGCUUGAAAGACCCAGCAGGCGGCAAAAGCUGGCGUGUCAUACAACGUCGCCAUAUCGGUGGCAAUGAAUCUUUCGAUCGCAGUUGGUUAGCUUACAAAGACGGCUUCGGCGAUUUAGAUUAUGACUUUUUCAUUGGUUUGCAGGAUAUUCACAGCAUGAUGUUACCAAAUAAGAGUACCGAAUUGUGGAUACAAUUGGGCACAAAAGAUGGACAUAGUCCUUACGAAAUGUAUAAAAACUUCUUUGUAACCAGCGAAGAAAAUGAAUUUCGGUUGAUGUUUGUGUAUGGAGCAAACGGUACGGCUGGUGAUGAGUUCACACCAGUUAUUGAUGAACCCUUCCAAGCGAAGGGAAUGGGUAAUGUGGAUCAGAAAAGUUGCACUCAAAGAAUGCAGAGCGGCUGGUGGUAUCCAACAGAUGGAGAUUUAUGCGGUAGCGGUAACUUGAAUCGCGACUUCAAAGAUAUGAUAUGGGGUGAUUGGAAAAAUAUAGUUUAUACGCAUAUGGCAAUAAGAUACAGUGAUAACCUCGUGAACGUAAAGCAUAAAGUUUUAGAUGUAGAUGAAAAUGAACAAAAGUUACGGAUACAGAAGAUAAUCGAGAGUGAAUUUUCGGGUGGGGAACCUUUAUAAUGAUGUACCUUAUUUAAUGGUUGUGUUAAUAAGUAAUCAUAAAUUUUAUUUUUGAUGCGUUCUUAACAAAUACACGUUAUGAUUGACACCCGC